AUGGAAAAAUCAAAAAAGCAACAAAGCAAAUAGAUCGAUGAUAAAUCUAAGAAAAUCAAAAAAGAUAAAAAAUAGCAGAAGGAUCAUGAGCCUAAAGGCAAACAAUAAAAUGCUUAGACUGGAAAUAGACCUAAAACAAACCCACUAGAUAAAUAGGGGAGAUUUUAACAAAUGAAAGAAAAGAAGAAGACUAAGUUUUAGCUAUUUAAGGAUCGAGUUACGGACAAGGGUGAUGUUUAAUAGGUAGCUGACUAUCUUAAUGCUGAGAUUUUAAGACAUAUUGCAUAUACUAGAGUAAAGAAGUCCAAUGAUGAAAAGGUGAUUAGUGCUAUUGAUAAAUUUGAAAGCAAGGACACUCCUGAGUUGUUUAACCAGGAAAAUGUUGAUUAAUUCCAUGAGGGUAGAAGUAUAGCUGAGACAUCUAAAAGAUUAGUAUAGGAAUUGAGAAAACUCAAAAUAUUCUCAGAAAAGCUGAAUAAUCCAUAGAUUAUGAUUUUAACUCCAGAUACCUAGGUAGUUGUUGAUUUAUAUAAGGAACUUAAGAAUAUAUAUCAAGCAGAUACUCACCCAAUUAAAGUCAGAGUACAAAAGCUAUUUGCUAAGCACAUCACAGUUGAAGAACAUGAGAAGCUAUUAAAUGCUGAAAAUAAGGGGAGUGUGGUUAAUCUCUAUAUUGGAACUCCAAACAGAGUGAAAAAGCUAGCUGAAAAGGGAGCCAUGAAAUUAAAGAAAUCCAACUUUAAGCAUCUUGUGAUUGACUCACAUUUAAAUGUUAAAAACCAGAGCUUAUUCGAUAUAUUUGAAACGAGAGAUGAUACUUUUGACCUACUUAUUCUUUCUUAGAAAUAAUUGAUGAAGGCCAAUCUAAAAGUGUCAAUAAUUUGA